AUGGCAGUCCAGGCCCCCUCCUCCGCAGCCCCAACGCCACCCCACGGUCCCCUCAUGACCUCCGACCACUACGCCAACUACGUCCCCCACGACCUAAAAUACUCCCCGACCUUCGAAGACGACCUCCUCGCCCUCGUCCUCCACGGUCCCGCGCCCAACACCACUCCCGGAAUCCGUAUCCUCUCGCUCGACAGCACCGAAGAGCCCGAGAUCGGCGUCUCCGUACGCGUCAGUGAUGUGAGAUUGGAGUCCCUACCGACGAUAACAGAGGACGAACUCCCACUCCCAAUCAACGACCCCAGAAGGAUAUUCUCAAGCCCCAUAGCCGGACUUAACCUCACCCACCCAAACGGCUACCUCGAAGGCGGGCCCGGUCUCCACCCUAAUCUAGACACGUUUACAGACGACUUCCUAUCCAACCACACCCCUCGAAAUCACCGCAGCUCAACUCACCACAACGACCCCACCGUCCUCCGAGCAGCCGUAGACGCCGAAAUCCAGUCAAGUAUAGCGCUGCUGAAGCAAAGGAUGAGGGAAAGGGGAGAGGCGAAGAGGAAGAAUGACGAGGUAGAGAAGAAGUUACGGGAACUGAGGCAGGGGCACGAUAUGGAACUCCGCGUGCACAAUAAAAUGGCCGAGGAUAUCGAGAGGCGGAAAGCUGCUAAGGCCGCUGGUGGGGGGCGGACAGGAGUCAAGGGGGAAGGAGGAGGCAAGGUCUAG